CUCCGCACAUAACACGUAUAACCUCCAAAUAGAAAGUUUAAACAAUGCAACGUAAAUGAAAAUCUCAAUGAUGAAGAAGGCCCGUAGAAAUGCAAUUAAUUGUCAAAAUCUCAGUAGAAAGUGACCAUGGGAAAAAUAACUAAAAUGAAUAUUCGACGUGAUUAUUUUACACUGACGUACGCUUUAAUCAUCGGACUGGUGGCUGUGGUUCUUUUUCUCUCUGGCUUUUUUCCAAUUAAAUAUCACGACAACAAUAUUGCUAGCAAUGUUGACAUUCCUGAUCAUGUCAAGCAUAUCAGAAUUAGAAUGGACGAAUUGUACAAACCAAGCGUUAAAAAAAUCGUUUUUAUGAUUAUUGACGCUCUGAGAUGGGAUUUCGUAACAGGCCAUUUUGGGUCUUUAGCAAUGCCUUUCACAGCUGAAUUGAUAAGGAAAAAUGUUUCCUGUUUAAUGCAAGCCAAAAGUGAUCCGCCAACCGUUACCAUGCCAAGAAUCAAGGCAAUGAUGACAGGGUCAGUGUCAAGCUUUGUAGACAUAGCUUUGAACUUUGGGGAUAGUCCAAUCUUGGGAGAUAGUUUUUUAUUGCAAGCUAACAAACAUGGACAUCGUAUAAAUUUUUAUGGAGAUGACACAUGGCUAAAAAUAUUUCCAAAAAUGUUCAAACGUUAUGAAGGAACUAAUUCAUUUUUUGUUAAUGAUUUUACGGAAGUGGACAACAACGUAACACGAAAUUUAGCCAUAGAAUUGGAAAAAGAUGAUUGGUCGAUGUUAAUUCUUCAUUAUCUGGGACUGGAUCAUAUUGGUCAUGUACAUGGUCCUUUUGGCUCUCCCAUUAAACCAAAACUGAAGGAAAUGGACGAGAUUAUCAGCCAGAUUUAUAAACAAAUUCAUCAUUGGAACAAAAAUGGUUUACCAGCACUCUUCGUGGUCUGCGGCGAUCAUGGGAUGAAAGACUCUGGUGGCCAUGGUGGUUCUACUCCUGAAGAAACUCUCGUUCCUUUCCUGGUUAUUGGUGCUCAUUGUCCAUCGAAGCCCAUUCACGAGCCUCACCGUAUUAGUCAAGUCGACGUUGCUUCUAUAUUAUCCGUCAUGCUCGGAACUUCCAUCCCAGCUUCCAACAUCGGAAGUGUUCCACCUGUUCUUCUCAACGGUCGAUCGGAUUCUAGCAAACUUUUCAUUUUGUACUACAAUGCUCAACAAGUUUUGAAAUAUUUUAAAGCUGUACCAGAUUAUGAGUCUAGUCAAGCCUAUAAGUAUUAUGAGGAUGCAGUGAAAUUGCAUGUACAUUGGCUGAGUAGCAAUCAGGAAGGAAGCAAGAUUGUUGAAGAAGCAUUGACCAUGUACGAUGCGGCUUUCGAAAAUAUGAAAGAAUUAUUGAUAAGAAGUACGAUAGAUUAUGAUCUGCACACAAUGACUAUUGCGAUCAUUUUUAUGGGACAUGUCGCUCACAUAAUAGCGAACGGAGAGAUUUAUGAGACACGAGGAUUACUGAAAAAGUUAUGCUGGAUAUUCGGAAGUAUUAUUUCGUACAUUAUUUUGAGAUUCAUUUGGGAAUUCGAAAACGUCACACUGCCAAAAUUGAAAAGUUUUCUAUUGAAUAUUUUUUCUCUCGGGCUCGUUGUGUCGAACAGUAAUAUUGCUGGAAAUAUAUCAUUGAUAAAAUCCACGAAAAAUCAAAUUUCGAGUUUGUAUGGGAAGAAGGGUUUAUUCAUCCUGGGUAUGUUUGCCUAUGUCGCAAGUCUGACUAGUACUAGUUUUAUCGAAGAGGAGCAUCAAAUAUGGUACUUCUUUUGGGCAACACUCUUGAUACUUUUAUUUCUUGAAGUCGUGAGAAAUAAUUUGAGUCCGAAACUCGGAAUAGAAAUAAUGCUGAGUCUCAUAUUACAUCGGGUAUUGAGAAAAUUGAACAGCACGGGCAACAAGUACGCGCAUUUGCCUGAUAUUGGAAAUUUUCUCAAAAACCAAGAAGAUAAUACGGCUGUGACAAUUCUACUUAUUGUUGCACUCGGUCUCAUGGUGUGCAUCGGUUACGUUUGCGAGCAUAGAAAAUAUAGAGUAAUAACUUCGACUCUACAGACCGGAGCUUUUAUUUGUGUAUAUCUUCGUCAUAUGGUGACUGGAAGUGUCGCUAAAUUACCACUUCCUUUUAAUUCCAAUGGUGUUUUCGUGGUUCGAAUCUUUUGGAUCAUAACAAUGUUAUAUAUUUUAUUUUGGGUUUAUCGACUUUUUCGAACGAGAGUCACCUUUUUGGCUAGUCAGUUUUUCCUCGCUGUGCUCGAAUCGUGGAUAUUAAUUUCGAGCAUUUUGCACAGACCGCACAACGUCAUUUUGUUGCCGAUGCAAAUUUUAGUUAGUCGUGUUAUGCACGAUAUAGUGAGAGCCAACAAGAGCGGAGAGGAUAUCAUAUUGUACGUUUAUUUGUGGAUGGGAAACGUAUUUUACUUUUAUCAGGGGAAUUCAAACAGUUUGGCCACUAUUGACGUAGCUGCUGGUUUCGUCGGAAUGGAGACCUAUCAGCCUCUAAUGGCCGGUAUAUUUUUAUCAAUAAACACAUAUUCUGCGCCGGUGUUGGCUUAUUUGAUACUCAUCUAUCGUAGCACCGUUUCCGAGAAGUCAAAAUGCUACAUGAGAAAAAUUUUAUCGAUAAACCGACGAUGUGCCUUAUGGCGAUUUCUUCCUCUAGCCAUAUACUCGAUAAUCGUGACCAUCCAACGAUUUCAUUUGUUUGUUUGGACAGUAUUUUCACCAAAAGUACUCUAUGAAGCGAUGUAUUGCGGAGUAAUGUUUACAUUUAUUUUGAUCAUGCAGACCGUAUGCUUUUACGCGUCACCGAAGUAAAUGAAGUUUUGAAGGAAAAAACGUAACGUAUUUCAAUUUUGUCUUUCAUAAAAACAAUAUGGAGAAAAGUGUAUUCUUGUAUUUGCUGAGCUACGAGACCGAGGGGUGUAAAUGACACAUUGUAGUCCUGCUGGGAAGCGAUUCUGUUGGGACGAUUAUUUGUUACAAUGCGUAAAGUAAUCUAGCGGUAUUCAAAUUCCAUGAAAAAGUCGAAUAAUGAUUGGGUAUAGUUAGUGAGAUCAAGCAAUAAGACUCUUCGUACUUUCCGGUCUCAAUGAUACAUUAGAUUUGUAACUAAGUAAAAUUAAAAUACAGCAAUCAUUUCGUAACGCUCGAAAUACUUUAUUCACUGAUACAGAGUUUAGAAUUAUUAGCGACCGUACGAGUCUUAAAUUUAUUUUGAUCUAAAUUUAUGUUGAACCUCGAAUCGGGGGUAUACACAAUGUAUUCUAAGAAAUAGCAUUAAAAAAAACAAUAUAAUCGAAA